CGCAGGUCGACAGCAUGUCCUCCUCUGGCCCUGCAGCCGAGGGAGAGGGAACCCCCGCCCAGUCCGCGUCCGAGAAGGAACCCGAAAUGCCCGACCCGAAAGAGGAAAGUGAAGAGGAGGAGGAGGACGACGAGGACGAGGAGGAGGAAGAGGAGGAGGAAGAAAAAGAAAAGAGUCUUAUUGUGGAAGGCAAGAGGGAGAAGAAGAAAGUAGAAAGGUUGACAAUGCAAGUCUCUUCAUUGCAAAGAGAGCCAUUUACAAUUGCACAGGGAAAGGGGCAAAAACUUUGUGAAAUUGAAAGGAUACAUUUCUUUCUGAGUAAAAAGAAAACAGAUGAACUUAGAAAUCUGCAUAAGCUGCUUUACAACAGGCCGGGCACAGUGUCCUCAUUAAAGAAGAAUGUGGGUCAGUUCAGUGGCUUUCCAUUUGAAAAAGGAAGUACCCAAUAUAAAAAGAAGGAAGAAAUGUUGAAAAAAUUUAGAAAUGCCAUGUUAAAGAGCAUAUGUGAAGUUCUUGAUUUGGAGCGAUCAGGUGUAAAUAGUGAAUUGGUGAAGAGGAUCUUGAAUUUCUUAAUGCAUCCAAAGCCUUCCGGCAAACCAUUACCAAAAUCUAAAAAAACUUCUAGCAAAGGCAAUAAAAAGGAACGGAACAGUUCUGGAACAGCAAGGAAAACGAAACGAACCAAGUGUCCUGAAAUUUUGUCAGAUGAAUCUAGCAGUGAUGAAGAUGAAAAGAAAACCAAGGAAGAGUCUUCAGAUGAUGAAGAUAAAGAAAGUGAAGAGGAGCCACCAAAAAAGAUAUCUAAAAAGGAGAAACCCAAACAGAAAGCCACUUCUAAAAGUAAAAAAUCAGUGAAAAGUGCUAAUGUGAAGAAGGCAGACAGCAGCACCACCAAGAAGAACCAGAACAGUUCCAGAAAAGAAAGUGAAUCUGAGGAUAGCUCAGAUGAUGAACCUUUAAUUAAAAAAUUGAAGAAACCUCCUACAGAUGAAGAGUUGAAAGAAACAGUAAAGAAAUUAUUGGCCAAUGCUAACUUGGAGGAAGUCACAAUGAAGCAGAUUUGCAAAGAGGUUUAUGAAAAUUAUCCCGCUUAUGAUUUAACUGAAAGAAAAGAUUUCAUUAAAACAACUGUUAAAGAGCUGAUCUCUUGAGAGCGCGGACAGAUGACUUGUUCCAUGGAUUUAAGGAUCUGAUUUAUACCGUUAUACCAGCAGAGAGAAUGUAUUUCCUUUUUUUAAAUCCUUGCAAGCAUUGUGUUGGUCGAACUUAGCGAAGACCUUUUUAUCUUGAGUGUUAUGUAAAUUUGUUUGCCUUUUAAAAUUGCAUUUCUAUGCAGUUUUUAGUUUAAAAUUUUGCAUGGCAGUAAUUGUUUCUUGCUUUUAUAGUCAUUUUGUACAUUUCAAAAUUCUUUAUAUAAGGUCGUAGAUAACUGUUGUAGUUUUUAGUGCACUUACUAUAUUAGCUAAAGGCAUACUUUUAAUCAGGUAGUACAGAAACUAUUAUAACUGGCAUUUAUACAUGCAGAGAUUAUUGCAGUAUUUAGUAUAUGAAAUAUUUUGAAUACACAUCUCUGUCAGUGUAAAACUCAGUGGCGGUGUGUUCAUCAUAUUUAAAAUACCCAGGCUUCAGCUGCCCAGAUGACUAAAUCAGAACUUUUCUCCUGCAUGUGUAUAUAUGUCAAAUUGUCAGCAUGUCAGAAGUGACAGAUGUUAUUUUUGUAUUUUUAAAAACAAAUUUGUUGUAUAUAAAGUUUUUUAAUUUCUUUUGUGCAGAUCAAUUUUUAAACUCAUAGGUAGACACCUUUACAGUUAUAAACCAUUGCAUAUCAGUGUUCAGCCAGAAGGUGUGACCGCAGUGAAAGUCAGGGCGAGAGAAGCACUGACAGAACAGUUCUCUGCUUUGCCUCGAAAGUGUCACUCUAGUGUAGUGAUAAUUCUGCAACAGUGUCUGUAGAUGUAUUUUAUAUUUAAAGUAGUGCAAAAUCAACACAUCAAAACUUUUUUGGACAAAGAGUGGGAUUAAAUACAAGCACAUGAGGCUUAUGAGAAAUAAAUGAUUUUUAUUACCUGCUUUUAACUGCUUUUGCCCAAGUAAAAUGCUGAUGUUUAUAGAAAACUUGACCACCUUUCUGAUUGUGGUAGAAGUAGCCAGUGUAAUUGCAGAAGAUAAUCUGGGGACAGUAGUGGGUAGCUCUGACAAAACACUUCUCAAAAAUGGUAAUAUAAAGAAACUUAACUUGUUUGUGGAAUCCGGGCUGUUGGAUUUUAAAUUUUGGCCAAUCAAGACUCUAGGUGAUCAACAGGACCACUCCUUAAUGAGGAUAAUUCUUUUAUGUUGUCUUAAUCAGUUUAUUAAAUAAUCUGGAAUUAAACAUGCAGUUUGAAAAAAAUUAGGCCUUUCAUAAACCAAUUGGGCGGCUAAGGUAAAAUAUUUGCAUCAUAGAACAGAAAUAAAAGUGAUAUAAAUGUUGAUAGUAUUUCCACAGGUUUGACUUGUUUCUUGAUAAAAGGUUAAGACCUUAGAGUAUACAUACUACAGAUGAAUGGACUAAAAAUCUAAACUAAGAAUUGGCUUAUGAUUUUAAAUAUAUAAUUUGUUCCUAUAAACCUUGUCAAUAAAAGUAAUA